AUGACCGUCGACGACGUCCGUCACGCUCUUGAAGCGCCGCUUGCGGUUGUGAGCGAUGUGGUCGACCCAGAAUGGACGGGACAUUGUACUCAGAGGGAGAAAUCCGAAGGGAAGGAGAAUGAGGGGGUUGGGGAUCAGGACGAAUAUCUGCCGGACCGUUGCGAGGACCACGACUCCUCAGACGAUGACUUCGAGCCUUUAGACGAUGAAGACUCUCUUGUCAACCUACCUGUCGAGAGGCAGGGUCCGGCGACGUCCCCGCAGGCUCCAUACACAAUCAGCCUCUUCGCCAACUUUGAGGUGUACAUCGCCGCAAAGGAGCUCCAGAUUCCAGCCCUUCAACUUCUUGCCCGGGAGCGCUUCGCCCACACCUUGCGGGCUCAUUGGGACCGAUUUGUGCACCUCGAUUCACUCAUUGAGGAGGUCUAUCUGCGAACACGUCACGACGACCCCCUCCGCGCGCUUACCUGCCAUAUCGUGGCCGCGGAGUACGACAGGGGGCAAAAGUUGGAUUUCAAGGUUAAGGUCAGGGAGGUCGUGGCCAGGAACGGAGAAUUCGCCACAGAUGUGCUUGACGCGGUGCUUCGACUACAGAGCGAGUGGGUAGACAUGGAAUGA